AUUAUGGCAUUGACAGGUCUAAUCCAAUAUCAGCCACACAUUGGUGAUAGACUUCCCAAUAGUUCAAGUCACCAGAAGCAAUAGAUUCGAUCACAUUGCAAUUUUAUAUAUAUAUAUAUAUAUAUAUCAGCCAAACAUACUUUGUGCAUCUCUUAACCAAACGGCAAUGGCUACAGUGAUUGAGCAAUAUCAAGUUGCGCCACCUCCCGGUGGUGCAGCGGAGUUGACACUCCCUCUUACCUAUUUUGAUCAUAUGUGGUUUUCUUUCGGCCGUAUGCGACGGAUUUUAUUCUAUAAGUUUCCCAUUUCCAAACCCGAUUUCGUCCAAACCAUUAUUCCUACUCUUAAAGAUUCACUCUCCCUCGUUCUCAAACACUAUAUACCCUUAGCUGGCAACAUUGUUUGUCCACUAGAUUCGAGUGGUUAUCCUGAGUUGCGCUAUGUGAUGGGAGAUUCUGUGUCUGUCACCUUUUCUGAGACGGAUAUGGAUUUCAAUUAUCUCAUUGGUAACAAUCCCCGUAAUGCAAAGGAUUUUUAUCACUUUGUUCCUCAGUUGGCGAAAUCUAAGCACGCACCGGGGUUUCAAUUAGCUCCGGUCUUAGCCAUUCAAGUGACACUUUUCCCGAAUCAAGGCAUAUCCAUUGGUUCCAUUCACCAUCAUGCCGCUGGUGAUGGAGCUACCAUGGUAAAUUUCAUAAGAGCAUGGGGUUUACUCAACAAAUUUGGAGGAGAUGAACAAUUCUUGGGAAACGAGCUCAUUCCAAUUUAUGAUAGGUCCUUAAUAAAAGACCCUCAUGAACAAGGGAUAGCUAUAUGGGAUGAAAUCUUGAAGAAAUACAAGCCGGAAAUGCAUGACAUAAAUAUGAUUCCUCUUGAUAAAGUUAGAGGCACAUUUAUUAUAGGACGGGAUAACAUCACGAAGCUCAAGAACUUGAUAUUAUCAAGACGGCCGAGCCAAGCUCAUGUGACAUCUUUCACAAUAACAUGUGCUUAUGUUUGGACUUGCUUGAUAAAAUCAGAGACCGCAAUCCAGGAAGAAAUAGACGAGAAUGUUUUGGAGUUUUUCGGUUUUGUUGCAGAUUGCAGAUCGCGUCUCAAUCCACCACUUCCUCGUUCUUAUUUCGGGAAUUGCCUUGUCACACUCAUUACAAAAGCUAGUCGCCUUGACUUAGUUGGAAAGGAAGGCUUUACAAUUGCUGCGGAAUUAAUUGGAGAAACCAUCCAAAAUCGAAUGAAGGAUGAGGAAUAUAUCCUGACUGGAGAGUGGUUUAAAGAGUUUUGUACUAUAGAUUUGAAUCGGUCACUUUCAAUUGCUGGAUCACUAAAGUUUGACUUGUAUGUUGUUGAUUUUGGUUGGGGAAGGCCAGAAAAAGUAGAGUUUAUUUCUAUUGAUGGUGCUACUGGAAUAUCAAUGUCCCUCAGUAAGUCAAAGGAGUCUGAUGGAGAUUUAGAGGUUGGCUUGUCUUUGUCCGAAACUCGAAUGAGUGCUUUUGCUGCUAUAUUCACUCAUGGGCUAAGUUUUUUGUAAGAACUCUAUUUAAAAUUUAUUUUUAGCAAAAA